AUGGACUUAGCGAGGAGGUGAGCCGGAUUUUCUUUCUUUUUUAUUUUGUCGGCCGGGGAAUGGCCGCAUUUUCGAUUCGUAUCACGAUUGAAACUUCCUUUUAGCCCUUUCUCCCUUUCAUGUGGAUUUCUAAUAUUUUCGGCAAUUGACGUAAGUUUUUUUGAUUUUUCUUUUUUUAUCUUCGUGUUUUAGUCAAUCCUGUUCAAAUUCGCAAUCUCAACAACGGUAUUUGCUUUAUUCCUCUCCCGUGAACAAGCGAUCCAGUUUUGUGCAUUGCUUGGAUUUUGUGAAUUGUUGAACUUCUUAUCUUUGAUUUAUUAUUGGAUUUGUGGAGAGAGCGUAUUUGCCGCAUUUCAGAAGUCUACGGAUACUAAAACCAAAAGUGAGCCUUUUAUUCGAAUUAUAUGUUUCGUUUAAGAUGUUCUGGAGAGUUUGAAUCAAAGCAAACUGAACCGCACAUUCAACAAGUCUUUCAACAGUAGUAGUUUGUGUGAUUUCCGCUUCCGAGUUGUCGAUGACAAUGGAAAUACCUCCAUUGACAAGGCUAAUUGGUCGCAAAUCUUUUCGGACAGCUCCUCAGGAAUUAAUUACUCAAAAGAUUCAAGUCUCAACCAAUCUCCUAGGUCAUUUCCGAUUCAAUCAACAGGGCCCAAUUCCCUAGAACUGAGUUCUUUCUCUUCUCCACAUCAUUCCGUAUACACUGAAGGGCAAUAUGAAAGACUACGUUUCAAAAAGGAUUCAGAGUUGGACUCAAGUUUGAAUGAUAGCAGUUUUGUCAGGAAAAUUGAUUUUGUUUUUACAAGUGGCCGAAGUUCUUUUGGAGAAUUGAAUUCAACAGGAUAUCAACUGGGAUAUCAUAAAGGCGAAGAGCGGAAAUUGGAUGGUAAGGAGUUAUUUGUGUUAAAAUGUUAUAAUUGUUUAGACAUGCUCCUGAAUAUGUAUCAGAAAGCUGAAACGGAAGUGGAUGAAGUUCCCAGCUCCGGCAAUGAGCCGAACAGUACUAACCUAAAGCCUUCGUUAAAGAGGCGGGACAGUGUUUCCAAGGAAGAGUCGUCCUCGUCCUUCCAGAAAAAUGCAGAAAAAUUGAGGGAAGCCUCAUCUUCGUUCAGUUCAAAUUACUCACUUAAUCAACUCUUUUCUGGUGACAAAACAAAGAAAAGUCCGCACAAGGAGAAUCCCUUCGCUCUGAGUGUAGUCCACAAACUCAAUAUUCAGUAAGCGUUAUAUUAACUUUAUAGAUCAACUUAUUUUAGUGACCAAGAACUCCUCGGGCUUACCAAAUUCUCCCUCAAGUUCCGGUUUUUCAUGCACGAAUCGGUGAUAAAACCUUUUAUUGACGGGGUUGACGAAGCGAACAAGUCGCUAAAGAAAUUCAAUUUGAAUAUUGCGGUGGGUACCACAAAGUUGGAGGAUCUUCAGUUUCAUCUCGACCAAAGACCCGAGCUCUAUGGAACUCAGCUUCCGUUUUUGUUACCUUUUCUCAAGAUUCACUCAAAUCAACAUUAUCUCGUGAAAAGACUCAGAGAUUUGAACAAGAGUUCUAUUCUGCAUGGUUAUCAAUAUGACAAAGUGGGAGAACAGAAUACCGAUGAUUCUUCUUGUAGGUCGUACGUAUCAUGUUCUCAAUCCAAUUUUAGCUGUUGAUGACAAAUGGAGUACAGAGUUUCCAACAGACGCAGAGAUCUUGUUCGGGAUUUUCUGUUUGUACAUGGAUCACUGCAUUGUUCCCGAAUCUCUUGCCAGAAUUCCUACACGUCCAUUCUCAUCACUUUAUGUGUACAAAGAGCCUAGCCAAUUGGCGUUUACUCAGAAACUCCCAACCGCCUUUUACAUCAGGCAGGUAAGUGAUGUUUUUUACAAAUUUUCUCGCAUUUCAUUCGACAUUGUACGACUUUUGUUAUUAAGAAACAUCAACAGCCUGCAUUCUUAUUUGAAUUUGUCUGCAAUGGUGGCGCUGAUAUCUACAGUCCACCGGCAGGCCCUCAUAACAUGUUUGCUGCCAUCUACUUGUUCCUGAAUCACUGUGCGAAGAACAAUGGAGGUUAUUUGGGUGACAUGCGGAUCGACCGGAAAGGCCUGAACCUGGCCCAUCUUUUGGCUGAUGACUAA